CACCGAACAUUCUUAGAGCUGUUUGACUUGCGUCAUUUUCAUCAAGACGUCGACUGCCAACUGUUCGAUCUGUGUCAAAAUACCAACUUACUUUUCUUACCCAACGCUCUAUGCUACUGGCUAAUUUUAUUGGCAAUCGAACUCCAAUUGCUCAAACGGUUUUGGUACUCGGCCUGUUGCUGCUGUUCUGACAUGUACGUCUGCUUCAACGAGCACCAUCGCAUCAACCACGCCAGGUACAAGCGGAACUACGAGAGCGACAACGACGUGACGGCCGUCAGGAUGAGGAUCAUCAACGACAGCCUGACUAUACUCUUUGCUAACGACGAGAUCAUCGUCUACAACAUCUGCAAGAAAUACCGCAUCAGGGAUCGCGCCCUUGUCGCCGUCGAGAACACCUCCCUCGGCUUGAAGAAAAACGACUUCUUCGGGUUGCUAGGCAACACCGGCUGCGGGAAGUCAACGCUGCUGAACAUGAUGGUGGGGAAGAUUAUGAUGACCUACGGCGACGUCUACUACAACGGCCACAGCAUCAAGACUGAUUUCUUUAAGGUAGCCAAACACAUCGGCUACUGCUCUCAAGACGAUUACCUGAUCAACGAGUUAACCGGUCGGGAGACGCUGCUGCUCUUUGGGCGCAUCAGGGGCGUCCCCGAGCAGAGGCUCCAGCGCAUUGUUGAGUACCUGGCUGACGUCACGCUGCUCACCUCCAUUGUGGACUUUCGUGUGCAGAACUACAAUAUUAUCAACCGAAGGAAAUUGUCUUUCGCUAUAGCUAUAAUCGGCAACCCCCCGUAUAUACUGAUGGACGAGCCCACAAAGGGGGUGGAGCCUAUUGUCAAGUUGGCGAUGUGGAGUUUACUUAGACAUCAUCAGAAGAGUGGCUGUACAAUCAUACUGGCUAGCGAAAGCUGUCGAGAGUGCACGACGCUUUGCACAACGAUGGCCGUUAUGGUGGACAGCAGAAUAGUCUGCCUGGGUACGCCAGAGCAGCUGAGUCGAAAGUACGGCAACAGCUACACAAUAUCCCUGCACUUGAAAGACGGCUUGGACACAACAAAGCACAUUGUGAAGCACAUCCACACUGUGUUUAAGCGAGUUCCGGUUUAUGAAACCGAUAUGUACGUUCACUUUGAGUUACCUCAAAACCUGAUGCCCCUGUCAAAACUGUUUACCCUGACGGAGACGAUGAAAGUUGAGCUGGAUUUGGACUCGUAUACCAUCCGCCAUACCUCACUAGAGCUGAAGUAUUUGUUCUACAUGUGGAAGGAGGAGGACCACUGA